UGGAGUAGCACAGUGACUAUGAAAAGCUUGGAAACUCUUUACAAACUGGUUUCAGUCUAACCAACAGCAACAGCCGCAACAGUACAGUUUAAACCCAGCCAAAGAGAGAAUGAGUGCUUACAAAACCGGCGACCCACCUCCCUACAUCAUACCAAUAGAGGACAAGGGUGACAAUGUCAAGGUCUACCAUGUGCACACACCGUUCACACCACAAAGCUCCACCAUCGGUAACAUGCAAAUGCGAAUGGAAUCAGCCAGACCUGUUCAGUCCCCGUCAGCUGAGGGCAAAACCAAAUACGUCAGCUACGAGUCAUUCGAUCUGGGUCGCUCUCCAGGAAUGACCAACUGCACUACCUGCCAACAGCAAAUCUUAACCAAUGUCACCUAUAAAGUGGGAGUUUAUGCCUGGCUGAUGUGCUUACUUCUCAUCCUGUGUGGGUUUAUUUUAUUCUGCUGUCUGAUUCCAUUCUUUAACAAGUUCUUCAAAGACGUCUAUCACACAUGCCCAAAAUGCAACAAGAUCCUUCAUAUUGAAAAGAAGCGAUGCUGUUCGUAAUUCCAACACUACUACUCUCUCUCUCUCUAAUGGAUUUGUGUGAUUAAGGUGGAUGAUGUGUCUGUCCACCUCUGUGACAAUAACCAAAACAAGUACUUUCUUUGCAUAAAGCAGUGUCUUUGAUAAUUACCACAUCCACUGGAUUAAAGGUUUAUGUGCGGAGAUGCCCCAUGACACAUUUAGGCCAAUAUCAGGACUGGCAUUGAUAGAUUUGCAUUAUGUAAUGGUAACAUGAGUCAUUUUAACACAAGUAGUUUAUGAUUUGUUUUAUUUUUUAUUGAAAUAGAGAUACAGUCCAUUCAAAUGGACAUAUCAAAAUAUCCAGUCAUGUCUAAUUAUCACAGCGUGAUCACCACCACUGAAAUAUUUAUAGUUUAGCAUAUUUUUUAUGUUUUGUCAGCUGAACAUUCAACAAGGUAUUUAACAGUAGAGUAAAACCCAUAAAACAGACUGUAUUUCUAUCCCACACGGCCUCAUUUUCAAUCGAAAAAUUAAUUAUGGCGUCUGCCUUGAAGUGGCAGAGCAAGGGUUGGCCGUGGCUCCACUCGCAAAUGCCGUUUUGGACAUUUUUUUGUCUUGGGCACAAUUUAUUUAGUCUUUCUACAACAACAACCACCAUCACAACAACAAGCCCCCUGUCCAAAGAUAUGAUAAGAUCUAGGAGCUUUAUGUCAUUGAAGUUGAGAGAGCCACGCAUUCAUUCACGUUUAAAGUGAAUAAGGUGUAUAUUCGCUAUAUCAUAUGACAUGCCUGCCACCAUGUAAAAUAAACCUGGCUAUAUUGGAUAUACAGAUAUGAAUUAAGUCAUCUCAUGUGUGUGUACACAAUUUUAAAGAUGUUUUCAGAAGUACUAUUAAAUCAUUUGAUAAAACUUAUCUGUGGGGAAAAAAAAAUAAAAAUAAUCACUGAGCACCUUUAAUUUUAAUUAUAUUGUCAAAGCUCACCUUCCAUAUAGCCAAAUAUUUUUGCCUAAGGAUCAUUACUCAAUGUUGUAACAAUAAAACAGACUUUGUGCAAUUCCUUCA